CAGGUAGGACGGAGCGCAGUUAUCCUAGGUCUCGACAUUGGCAAUGCAGUGUGCGCUAGUGUCUUAUAUCCCUCUAGAUAUGAGCUAGCCAGUGAUAAUCAUCCCACUGACGAGGACUGCGACUCACUGAAUCCGGAGUUUAGGACUGAAACCGGUUAGGAAGAAAAGGGAAAGCUUCGGGCCGGGAGAGCCAAAGACCACAACGCCGGCUUCCGGGGAUUCAGGGCAGCAUAUAGAAACAGCAGAAGGCGGUCUUCGGAAGGGCGAGCAUCCAUUAGAUAUAAUUUGGAUAUACAACCACUGCUGUAGUGGAACACUAAACAUGUCAAGAAAGGUCCACAGAACCGAAGUAUGCGCCGACUGCAGUGCACCAGAUCCGGGCUGGACCAGCAUCAACAGGGGCGUUCUGAUCUGUGACGAGUGCUGCUCGGUGCACCGUAGCCUGGGGCGCCACAUCUCCAUCGUCAAGCACCUGCGGCACAGCGGCUGGCCCCCUGCACUGCUGCAGAUGGUGCAGACCCUGGCCAGUAAUGGGGCAAACUCGAUUUGGGAGCACUCUCUGCUUGACCCAGCACAGGUGCAGAGCGGCCGCAGGAAACCCAACCCACAGGACAAAGUCCACGCCACCAAGUCCGAGUUCAUCCGCUCCAAGUACCAGAUGCUAUCCUUCGUCCACAAGCUGCCGUGCCGCGAUGACGACGGUGUUACCACCAAGGAUCUUAGUAAGCAACUGCACUCAAGUGUGAGGACGGGGAGUCUGGAGACAUGUCUACGGCUGCUGUCCCUGGGAGCACAGGCCAACUUCUUCCACCCGGAGAAGGGCACCACUCCACUCCACGUGGCAGCCAAGGCAGGCCAGGUUCUGCAGGCAGAGCUGCUGGUUGUGUACGGAGCCGACCCCGGAGCACUGGACAUCAACGGACGCACACCCAUGGACUACGCCAGGCAAGCGGGCCAGGUGGAGCUGGCAGAGCGGCUGGUUGAGUGUCAGUACGAGCUCACAGACAGGCUGGCUUUCUACCUGUGUGGCCGACGCCCUGAUCACAAGAAUGGGCAUUAUAUCAUUCCUCAGAUGGCUGACAGCCUGGACCUCUCAGAACUGGCCAAGGCAGCUAAGAAGAAGCUCCAAGCGCUGAACAAUCGAUUGUUUGAGGAGCUGGCCAUGGAUGUAUAUGACGAAGUGGACCGCAGGGAGAACGAUGCAGUGUGGCUGACGACUCAGAACCACAGUACUCUGGUGACGGAGCGCAGCGCGGUGCCCUUCCUGCCUGUCAACCCCGAAUACUCAGCCACACGCAACCAGGGUAGACAGAAGUUGGCCCGUUUCAACGCUCGUGAGUUCGCAACACUAAUCAUCGACAUCCUGAGUGACGCCAAGAGGAGGCAACAGGGGAAAGGCCUGAGCAGCCCUACCGACUCUAGUCUGGACCUGGGGGCCGACGACGACCAGCAUGACUACGACAGCGUAGCGUCGGACGAGGACACGGACAGCGAGCUGACCACUCAGAACAACAACAACACGCAGCGCAACAACCGGGCCAAGAGCAUGGACUCGUCAGACCUGUCAGACGGGCCCAUCACUCUGCAGGAGUACCUGGAGGUUAAGAAGGCCCUGGCCUCCUCCGAGGCUAAAGUCCAGCAGCUGAUGAAGGUCAACAACAACCUGAGUGAAGAGCUGCGCCGGCUGCAGAAAGAGGUGAGGAAGGGGGGUCCUGGCGGUCCAACACCCUAUGGAGGACAGCACCUCUCUAGCUCCAUGGAGAUGGGGAGAUACAUGGUCCCUAAAGGAGAGAAGCACGGCAGUGGCACUGAUAGUGACUAUGACAACACUCAGAUGUAUGAGCUGUCGCUAAGUAGGGGGCGCAGCAGUGAAGAGGAGGGCCGGGGGGAGUCGGAGGAGUGGGAGGGGGGUGAGCCGGAUCCUACCCUGCCGUGCACAGAAGACGUCAUCCUCAAGACGGAGCAGGUGACCAAAAACAUCCAGGAGCUUCUGAGGGCCGCACAGGAGUUCAAACACGACAGUUUCGUUCCAUGCUCUGAGAAGAUCCACUCUGCUGUCACUGAAAUGGCCUCUCUCUUUCCCAAGCGGCCCGCCCUAGACGCCGUGCACUGCUCCCUGCGCCUCCUGGCGUCCAGCGCCUCCCGCCUCCAGGUGGAGUGUCGCAAGGCGGCACCCCCGGACCCGUCAGCGCCCGCCGUCGACUACCAGCUGCUCACCCAGCAGGUCAUCCAGUGCGCCUAUGACAUCGCCAAAGCCGCCAAGCAACUGGUCACCAUCACCACCCGCGAGAAGAAACAGUGACGGGGGUAGAGAGGGGACGGACAGGGGAGUUGCAAGACUGACAGAGGGAGGGGAGAGGGAGCAGGAGAGGGAUGGAGGUAGCAUCGAUUUCCAAGCUUCCUAGUCGAGUGAUGAACGACACUUGGAAGGUUGGCAUCUCGAUGGAGGGAAAUGCCAGCCAAGGGGAGAAGCUAUAUUGGCUGCAGACCGAAAAGAAGAUCUCUGAGGAUGAAUGAAUAGAAAAUGGGGAGUCGAAGGUAGGGAAUGAAGAGCGGGGGGAAGACCAGGUGGUAAUAUUAUAUGACAAUAGAACAAAGCUGAGAAUCCACUGCAGCCCUUGAUACUAUACCUGAGUGGACUGAGUGCAGUUCUAUGGGGGAGGAGGAAUGUGGACCAUUGAGAGUAAUUGCAUGCAGGAGAUGGGCACAGCGCCACAGCUCUCAUCUCACUAUGAUCUCAGUCUAUCGUUCCUUUUGGAGAGGGGGAGAUCCUUUUACUUCAACACCCCUCUCUGUGCAGCGCCUCAAACUCUGAGACCGAGGCAGGCUGGGCCCGGGGCUGGGGCCAGUCAGUGUGGCCUACAAGGGGGCCAGGCCUUGGAAGAGAUCCACCCUGCUCUACCCCUCUGUCUCUCAGACAACGCCUCCGCUAUAGUCCCAGGCUCUGCUGAGGGCCCUUGCUACUCCCUCAGACUCCCCGGUACACUACAGCAUGUCUUGGCAUCGUGGACAAACGACUAGGGGAUUUUUUUUUUUUUUUUGUCAAUCCGUUGGCCUGUACCUCUGGGACAAGAAUUACUGACUUAAGAAAAAAACAAACACUUACACUGGAAUUAUUGUGAUUUAUUAUUAUGCCCAUUGUUUUGUAUUUUUACUGUCAUGAGUUACAUUAUCAUGUAUGUUUACUUUGACGUCGUCUCAUGUAUGAUGGUUCCUGUUUAGGGACCAGGGAAGAGCUGUGACAAUACUCGCUCGCCUUCUGUCUGACUGUGUCUUGACACGUGCGCACACACAAACACUUAACUUGUGAAAUGGUCCUGGAGCAGUCCAAUUCCUCCCAGGUGACAUUUCACUUUUUACUUCCUAUAGAUGAUUUUUUUUUCUACCUGUCAUGUUCUAAUAUGUCAGUAGCCAAGGGGUUGAACAGAUGCUUAAGGGGUAGGGAAGGGGUAUAAUAUGCUAUCAGUAGAAAAAUCCCUGGAAGCGGCAUGACAAUAUUAUAUAUUAUGCAGCCAUUGGCUGCUUCAGUCGCUAGGCAAAGCUUAUCAUCUCAAUCGCACUACAGUGGGAUCCAUACGAAGCUCGCUCUUCAACAUAUGCCAACUCGAGGCAGACUAGCUAGAUAGGGAACAAAUGUUUUGUGAAAAUGACAAACUACACCUGCUGUAGGUUGUGGGGCCACUGGAGAAGCUGCCCUGUUUUUAAUACUGUGCUAAACAAAUGAACGGUCACACUUAGCUUAGUGACACACGCACUCCACAUAUUUAGUUUGAUUUCUUAGCUUCAAGGACUUUAGUGAUCGUCUGUCGGAUGGAUCUGGGUCAUGGUAAUUAGGAACUAAACGGUUGAAAACGGACUGAAACAGGGAGACUACUUGGACCCCCCCCCCCCCCCCACACACACACACACACACACACACACACAAGGCUUGUGUGAUCCUUGAAAGCGCUUCCAUGUCAGCUUGACUCAUGUUCUCUUAGCCACGGGGUCCCGUCGUUUCACUAUCCGCCUGACUGCUCUCGUGCUCACUACAUUUAAUGAACCUGUAGGGGAUAUGAGAUCUUUUAUCUGUUCCCCGUCAAAUGUCCAAAAGAUUGUCAAAUGUAACGUUCCAAUCAUGAUUGCCUUUGCACAUCUCCUGCUAGUCUGGCUUAAUACUUAGUGAUGUUAUAGCUGUUUGGGUUCCCUGAGUUGAUUAUCUAUCUCACACACUGGGACAGUAUUAAAUACUUUCUUCCCCAUUACAAUGUCCUCUGUUACCUCUCAGACAACCUGUUGUAGAAUAGAGGCCUAUAUAUAAACAUAUUUUCAUGCUAUUUUUUUAUUAAGCUAUAUGUUCGUAUUGUGUUUGGGAGAUCUGAUCUAUUUAUGCUUGCCGUGGUGGCUUCCAGGCCUGAGGGGUAAGUGAAUAGGGUCUGAAGUCUGCCACUGGUUAGCACUAAACUCAUCUCAAGUCUGAGGGGAAAGGGCUAUUGCACAAUGCUACGCCUUCCCUCUUCUUCUUAGUGGACACUUAGUAUAGGGUCCCUUUUUAGUGGGAAUGUUGGAAAAUGUUACAUGUCAGUCUGCCUCCAUGUUGUGCACAUGUUCACAUAUGCAUCCCGAACACACACACACACACACUCAUCAUGUUGUUCAGACAGUGGCACUGCUCUGUGCCCAGUACUGUUUUCUGUGUGUCACAAACCUCUUUACCUGGGAGAUCAGUGAUGGGAGAAUAUAUUUUAACAGAAGUAAAAACUGUAAAAAGUAGAACAUGGAAAAAAGGUCAAUCGUAAUGGAAACUCAUAAGCUGUACAUUUCUAAUAAAAAAAACUAUUAAA